CAGUUAUACUCUAACCUUGGCCCGUGGAUUACUAUGGGACAUCAAAAAUUGUGGAUUAAUUCUCUGGCCAUUGGCCUUUUGGUGACAUUGGCAUCGGCGGCCCAUCUUCCCCUGGAUGGUCGCAUAGUCGGCGGCUAUGAAGUGGACAUUAGGGAUGUACCCUUCCAAGUUUCCCUGCAGUCGUACAAUCAUUUCUGUGGAGGUUCCUUGAUUGCCAAACGUUUUGUGCUCACUGCUGCCCAUUGUACGGAUGGCAACUCACCCACUGCCCCCCUGUUUAGUGUGCGCAUUGGUUCUACGUAUUCCGAAAAGGGCGGUCUGCUGCUACGCGUCCUGCGCAUUCAUCAACAUGAAAAGUACAAUUUCUCCUUUAUUGACUAUGAUUUCUCGAUUUUGGAAUUGGAAGACUAUGAUGAGAAUGCUUUGCCUUUUAAGAUUACCUAUGCCAAAUUGCCGAGGGCCAAUGAAGAUUUACCUGAUGGCACUUUGGCCACCAUUUCCGGUUGGGGUGGUACCAAAAAUCCCUUGGAAUCGAAUGCAGUGUUGCGGGCCGUUGAAGUUCCCACUGUCAAUCGUAAUGCUUGUGCCCAAAUCUUCCCAUCGUUGAGCGAGCAGAUGAUGUGUGCUGGCUUUACAGAGGGAGGAAAAGAUUCGUGUCAGGGUGAUUCCGGUGGUCCCUUGUUCCGUGACAAUACUUUGUACGGUGUUGUGUCAUGGGGUGUGGGUUGUGCCCUACCCGAUUAUCCGGGAGUGUAUGCCCGCGUCUCGUCUGUUUUGCCCUGGAUUGCUGAGAAAACUGGUUUGGAGGUUAAUUAAGGUGGUCCACAAUUAAUUUUGAAAAUAUUUGCAAAAUUUUUGUGUGUGGAAACUGUAAUGAAAAUGUGAUUGAUUUAAUAAAAAAAAUUGUUUAAUGCA